AUGUCGAAGUGCUCAGAAGCAGCAGAGGCCGUAGCCAAUAUCGAAGAGCUCCUCACGCAGAUCCUUGAGUCAGUGCCAUUACAAUCUCUUACGCGUUUCAAGUGCGUCUCCAAGCAUUGGCAAUCUCUCAUCUCCAACCUCCGCACCCUCAAAUAUCCUAAGAUAACGUCUUUCGUCUCAAGCAAAACCGAAGCCGGGUCCUUCAAGAGCAUUCCUAUUGAUCACCGUGAAAUCCCAUCGGGUUGGAAUCCGUUCAAAACUUUUAACGAUUCCUUCACCGAUGGCUCCUGGUUGAAGAUUAUCCAGUCCUGCAAUGGCCUCUUUCUAUGCUGCGUUUCCCCCAGCAUAGUAAGAAGAGAAAAGGAUUUGAUUGUAAGAAGACCAAAUCGUGGCGUUACUGGCGUAUUUGUUGUUAAUCCCGCAACCAAAAGGUUCUUGGCUCUUUCUUCACCGACGUCAUCUUCGUUUAACAGUUGGGAACGUUAUGCUUUGGCUUUUGAACCUUCCAAAUCUCCUCAUUACACCUUGGUCUGUGUGACUACGCUCAAUGGAACUCUCCACCAAAAAAUACAUAUAUAUUCGUCUAAGACUCAAGAGUGGAAACAUGUUGCUGAUUUGCUUUCUUCCGAGCUGCGCUACUUUCGUUCUGAUGAGAGAAGCAGGGAAGGCUCUGUGUACAGCAACGGCGCAGUUCAUUGGAUAAGAGAUAUAAAUAGAGCAGGAUUCCCUAAAAAUAGAUUAUUUUUCUGCAAGAAAGCUGGUAACUUCUCUAGAUUAAAAUCUGAUGUAUUGCACUACUUUGACAUAGGUGAAGAAAAUUUUCUAGUCGUGGCUGCUACUCCUCCAGUUCCUACGGUUGUCAAGAACAUACCGUUGAAGGAGUGUCGUAAUCGUGGCCUCAAGACUCCCAUUGUGUGGCCGAUAUUGGUUCAUAGAUACUUUGGGGAUUGCGGUGGCCGUUUGUACUUGAUUGAGGUUUAUAGCCAUUGUAACACUCAGUUUGAUGUGAUGGAGAUGGGGAAGGACUACUCUGGUUGGUUUAUCAAGUAUCAUGUUGAUCUAAAUCCGACGGCUCUUCCUCAAUGUAAUUUGGAUCCGUUUGUUAUAUUGUGCCUUUCUCGUGAGAGGGAAGAAGAGUUCGGGGAUCCUUCAACUACUAUGAUGUUGCAUAUGCCCGGUAAGGUCAUAUCUUAUAAUCUUAGGGAUAAGAACUUCAAGACAUCUUCUGUGUUAACCAUAGAGGAUACUAAAAUGUAUAAAGUCGGUUAUUAUCCCUAUAUGGAGACUCUGGCUUGUGUUUGA